UAUUUAAUUAAAUUUAAAUUGUCAAAAAUUAAAAAUAGUUAUUUCUCAACAUUUUGAUAUUGUAAAAAUUUCAAAACAAUGCGUUUUUAUCCCACCACCGAUAUCAAUUUUUUCUACGACCACCCGCCAUCGUGGAGCCUCUAUUGCCGCACGCCCCACAAGUCAUGGAAACGCAAGAUACCCCCACCCCGUUACAUGUACAUAUAUCGAGACCUUGAGGCCGUCAAAAUGUCCAGAAUAUUGCGCAAACAUUUAUUUUUAUCCCAACAAUGGCCGAAAUCUCGCAUCCGUUUCGAAGCUUGCUUGCCUCUGUAUUAUGGGGUUGGUGGUCGUUUUAUACGUUUGGAACGUGCCCCACCGUUGGGCUUUAAAUGUUCACCAAGGCCCAUAAAUCUUAGGGAAGCACGUGAUCUCGUAGCCUAUGAAACGCGAUUGGCCAAAAUGGAGGCCAAAUUGGAAAAACAAAAGGCGAAGGAGGAUGCGGAGAUAAAAGAGGAUGGCAAAAAGAAAGGAGGACGAAAGAAAUGAGAAGGCAGAAGAAGCCACGGAAAUUUCCAUGGGAUGUUGUUUCUUUUGUUUUAGUUAAAAUUUUUGUUUUGUAUUGUUUACAUGUUUCGUCUUUAAAAAAAUAUGGAGUUCGCAAAUGUC